GCCAUAUUUCUUUUACGAAGUAUUAACAUACUUAUACUACGUAUUAGUCAAAAACUGCUGGGUUACGAACGAAAGAAAGUUUCUUUUCUUCCUCGUAGUUUUCUGUGUCCGGCAAAUUAGCCGAAGAGUCCGUUAUAUCUUGGGGGAAGAUUUCCGGCCACCGGAAAUACUUUCUUUAGGACAGCGACUAGCGCGUCUCGGACUGUUUUAUUUUCUAACAUUGUUUUGCAGGUUCCGACAACGAAUAUCUCCAACAAUAUGUGUUAUAGCAAACCCUUUAACCAAAAGUGCACUCAUUCUCAUUUUUUAUAAGGAAGCUCCUUUUUACUCAUCACACCCUAUACAAAAAACCUUGUUUUCUUCUGUUCAUGCAGUUCUAUUCUUUAUUUUUUAGUUUUUAAAGUGAAAUAUACGUUAAUAUUUCAUCUGAUCCGUUUUAAAUUUCCAUGUAUUGGUGGCCGCCUUCUAAUAGAUAUACACGUAUGUAUUAUCUCCCUAGCUUAUAGGGUUAUUGACUUAUGGUAAAAAAAAAAGAUUACUUGUGGAAUUAAUGCAUUAUUGGACUAUAUGAGGAUUUCUUUAGAGGAUUAGUUAGAGGAUUAUUACACACAGAGACAGAUACGUUUCACAAGGUCCAGUUUGGUACGGGUGAAUUUGGUGGAAGUGACUGAACUCACUCAAAAUCUGAAUAAGAGGCUAAAAUAUCAACUUUUGUAUAACCUUCUUAUAGCUCACUCAAAUCGGUGAAUACAGUCAGCUCCUAAAGAAUGACAUGUUGUUCAUUGAGUUCAUCUGCAUUUAGGCUCUGUUUGCAAGUGAUUGUGCUUAAAUAAAAGCACUUUUUGGGAAAAAGUGAUUAGUAGUAAAAGUUGAUAGUGUUUGGUAAAAUAAAUGUUUUUUGUGUAAUAGAAAAAGUAAAAAGUAGAUUCUACACGAAAACCGAGAAAGUAAAAGUUGAUAUUGUUUGAUAAAAUAAGUGUUUUUUUCUUAAAAAAAGCCAAAAGCACUUAAAUUAAUUGUUUGCAAACAAAGUGUAGAUUUUAUGCUUACCAAAAGAAGAAUAUAUUUAUAAUUUACACCUAAUGUAUGUCAAGUAAUGUGUUUCCAGUUUCUCUCAUUUUCUUGUUCUCUAAUUUCUCCACUACCAUGGACUUCGAAAAUUCUGUACCAUCUCCUGCCAUAACAUUAGAGUUGAUAACGGCUUCAUUUGAUUUUAUGGACUGGCUGGACACUUCAGUUUACACACGUUCUAACUCAGAUCUCAAGUUUUCUUCUGCCAAAUCCAUUUCCCUUGGAGCAAUUAGAAAUGUUGAAGAGUACAUGUCAUUUUGCAAUCACAAAAAGACAUCAGGAAGUAUAAAGUAUGGAGUACUUGGCUGCAGACUAUACAAUAGUAAUGAGCUAGACUAAGGGAGAACUAGACUAAUCAGAUCCUUGGAAAAAGCAAGAUGAUGCACUCUCUGACUCUCUGAUCUAAGUAAUCUCUUGGGGGAGCUCAAGGAAAUGGCCAUUGACAUGGGAUCUGAAAUUGAAAGGGGGAUAAAGCCUUGGACCAUCUUCAGGAUGAUGUUGAUGCUGAACUACAGAGUAAAGGGUGCCAAAUUAAUGUAGCUUUGUUGGAUUAUAAACUACUCCACAAAUUUAAGGUGUUCUUAAGUUUCACCCUUUUCAAGGAUGUAUAUUGUUCUCCCAGUUGAUUCAUUACCUUUUCGUCAUUAGGGUAAUUAAAUUCACACUCAAUGUAAGGAGUGAAGAUGGAGAUGACCAAAACUUUCUAAAUAUGACGCCUUUUUGCCGGGAAUAGUAACAGGACAAGGGUCCGUUUGGUCCUUGAAGUUGCAAAAAAGGGGUCAAAUAAAUCCUUAUAUAGAAAAUUCUAUCCGGACGUGCCAUUUGAGGUGGCUCCCGGUGGAAUUUUUUGAUUAAAUUUUUU